AUGGCGUUGCAGAAUGUUUUUGAAGGAGUCAACAAAGAGGACGAACUGGAGGAGGGUGAGGAAGCUGAGUCUUAUGCAACCACAGGGUCUGCAGUUGUUUUGGUUAAGAGUUGCAAUGAUCCUAACGUGGACGAAGUGGUGCUUGUCAUGGAGGAACAGUCCACAGAGCCCCACGAAGUGCUUGCCCACAUCUCUGAAAGGAUCAUCGAGCUCUUCUUGAACGAUUCAGUAAAGCAGUUCAAUGCCAAUGCGGUCACUGGUAUAGAUACUGAUCUCAAAAUGUUUGAGACAUUUGCAGAGGGCAUGUCUAGCCUGUUUGUGGACUCAGGUCAAGAAUCUGCAAAAAAUGAAAUGAAGGGUGCACUAGUGGAAGCAAGGCAGCUAGUGAAUCUUCCUAUGAGCAAUAGUCCAGAGAAUUUCCUAAAUCCAGUGAUCCGUGAAAAGAGCUAUAACAAGCUAGAUUAUAGAAAGGUUGCAAUCAUCUCAGAGAAGUUUAGAGAUACCUCAGAGAGUUAUUUCUCAACGUUUGGGACAAGGGGUACCAGGCAGAACCCAAAGAAGAAAUCUCUGGAUACCCUGAUCAAGAGGCUCAGAGAAGGCCAGUUAGAUAUCCUCCCUGCUGGGCUUUGGAGUCCAAUUUACCUUGCUGUUUGGGUAUAUUGA